AUGACUUUCUGCGGACCGACUGCAACCCCUCGGCCAUUGAACUUUUAUGAAACAUUCAAAUGCAGAAGCAAAGCCGCUGCCAAGUUCGAUUAUGGCUUACGACUGAGGGACGCCUUGCGGCAAGAUCCCGAGUCCGAGACGCUGCUAAAUUUAUUGAAGGAUCCCGAUUCCAGGCUCAUCCUUCGCGUGGCGAUCGAUAAAGAAACCAACGCCUUGGACGUGCAAAGUAAAAAAAGGAAACGUCAGGCCCAUGUUGCAUUUCAUGCCCAGUUGGAUAGUGCUCUUGAUGGUAACUUUCAUUAUGAAAUAGGAAAGACAGUUACAGAUUCAGUAGCAGAUAAUGAAAAUGAUAUGACUUCAAUGGGCAGUAUGAAAAAUAUUUCAAAUGAAGAAGCAUGGAGAAGAUGA